AUGCGGCCGCUGCUGCUGCGGCUUCUCCCGGCGCUCUGCCCGGCGCGGCCGGCGGCGGCCCGUGCCCUGCUGGCCCGGCGGGCCGUGCCCGCGCUCCCCAUGGCGCUGCGGCCGGCGGCGGGAGAGGGACGGGCCGGGGGCGAUGCCUCCCGAGCAGCCGGCGCGAUCUCGGAGCACGAUGGGCUUGAAAAUGUACAGCAAAAGAAAAUCUUUAUGGAGAAUAAGACACAACAGAGAGAAGAGCCCUGUGCUGCCGAUUCAGUAGACUCUCUAAUGGCAGAAAUGCCAUUUCUUGACACAGAUAUCGAAGAUGAAUGUGUUAUGCAUGCAACCUCUGAAAUAAAUACUAAAAAGAAAAGGAAGAGGACUACUGGAAGGGAAAUUGAAGAAGACAUCGAGAGGAAGAAGAAAAAGAAUAAACAGUAUCAACCGAAUUAUUUCAUUUCUCUUCCAAUUACUAAUCCAAAGAUUACUGUCAGUAUUCAGGCUGUCCAAGAUGCAAUAAUACAAAAGGAUCAAAGGCUUUCCAAAGCAAUGGUUCGCUCUGGCUCGUUGCAUGUCACCAUGUUAGUGAUGCAUUUAUCCAAUGAAGAAGAAAUUAGCACAGCAGUUGAUGCUCUUUCAGACAGCAAGGUCUUUGUAGAAGAUCUCCUGAGAGGAAAAAGAGUGCAUUUGUCUUUUCAAGGAAUUGAUCACUUCAAAAAUCAAGUUGGAUUUGUGAAGUUAGCAGAAAACACAACUAUACUUAUGGAAAUAGCAGAGACUAUGAAGAAGAUAUUUCAAGAAAAGGGGAUCUUGGCAGGAGAAGAAAGAGCUUUUCGACCCCAUCUGACCUUCAUGAAGUUGUCAAAAUCAACAGAGCUACGUAAGCAGGUGAAAAAAAUUGACUCCAGCCUGUAUGAAGAUUUCAAAACCCAUUAUUUUGGACAUGAAAUCUUGCACCGCUUUGAUCUUUGCUCCAUGUUGAAAAAAAAGCAACCAAAUGGUUACUACUACUGUGAGUCCUCUAUUGUUUUUGGUGAAAAACAUGCAGCAGAGCCAGACGAUGCAGAGCUGGUGAGCCUCAGCAAAAGGCUGGUGGAGAAUGCGGUGCUCAAGGCUGUACAGCAAUAUUUAGAAGAAACGCAAAACAAAACCAGAGAGACUGAUGGAAGCCCCACAAAAACUGAAGAAGCAGCAAGCGGCAGUAAGAAUGGGAGUGACAAGGAUAACAGCAAGUGAGCACUGUGCAAAAAGCCCGGGAGCAAAUAUCCCACCAAGAAUAACUACAAAGACAUGUCCCAGCCCCCUGCUGAAAUUUGCUAAGUGGUGCUGGGUGACAGGAACUCUGCUUUGUGAGUCUCUUAUCAAAAGUUUGUUCUGAAUUGAAGGACACCGUCUACUGGUUUAAUAAGUGUUUGCACUGCUGAAAAUCUGUGAAUGCUGAGAGGGAUGGACAGUGGAAGAGAGACAAGAAUGGUGAAGCAGGCAGCUCCAGUCUUCACUUCCUCUUGAUACCAAGAAUCCCUUCCUUGCUUUUGAAGAGAAACUGAACCUUUUGCGUUUGUCUUUUGGAUUGUCAUGAAUGGCUGUGGAAAAGGCCUUGUCAGAAGUGGAAGCGAUGCCCUCCGCCUGAGGGUUUGGCACUUCCACGGGGCUGCUUGCUCCGUGUGAGAGCACGUGCUGUUUCCUAGUCAACGGCAGUCAAUCCCAAGCUAAAAAUUACCACUACAGAUAUUCGUUGCAGAUACUAUUACACAGUAUGUAAUAUGACAGGAAUUUCUCCUAAAUGUGACACUGUACUGUUCUUUACUUUUUGGUAGCAUUUGUUGAUGUAAAUUAUAUUUUUUGAUGAAGUAUCUUUUUAUAAAAAUUCAAUAUGGGCAAAAACUGAGCACUUAGUACUGUCCAAACCAGAUACAAUCUCUUUCCAUACCUUAGUGAUUCUAAAUGAAUGAGUUGUUUUAAAAUGUAUUAUAUUGUUCCUUUCCUCUAGGAAAGAGCCAUGAAGCAGACUUAGCAAAGGAAGCUUUACGCAGAGAAACACAGGCCCUGUUACCCAAGCUGAACCAGAUAAAGGCGCUGUUAUCCAGUCCUGAGAUCCGCACAAAAAUUAGCAAAGAACUGUUUGAAGACAGGCACAACUCUAACAGUAAAUGGAAAAGUGGUAUUGACUCUGAAUCUCCAAAUGCAUGACUGUAAAAUCUCAUCAGGUUGUUUAAGACAAAAUAUUUCUACAAGAAAUUUUUAAGGUUGGUUUGUUGUUUUUUUUUAGCUGAAAAUAUGAAUGGGUAUAAAUGGCUCAUGAGGAAUAAUACUGAAAUACUUGCACAGAAGGAUUAUAUUCCAUAACGGUGAAGUACAGCCAUUUCUCAGCACUGCUUUGAAACAUGUUUGAGUGUGCAGGUAUAUGUCAUGACUCCAAAGCGGAAAAAUACUGGUUUCAAAUAAAUCUGAGCAAACACUGUGCCCUUCCUUUAUCAUUGUAAAUAACUCAGUUUUUUCUCAUAUAUUUGUUCCCUAACAAUGGUAUACAAAUAGUAAGAAAUAGAUGUUUUUAAAUACUUCAAAAUGUAUAUUUGAAAAAAAAAAAACCCUCUUUUAAUUAUCUGCCUUUUGGAUUUGUACUGGCAUUUUGGGUUAACGUUGUCUAUUUUUUAUUGUUUUUUUAAACAGCACUUGAAUACUUAUAUAGAUGCUGACAUUUCUCUGCCGAUGUUUACACUAAUGCAAGAAUGUUUUAAAUUUCAAUAUGAAAUUCAGGCUCCACUGAUCUCAAUGGCGUACUCGCGUUGGCUUUAAUGGAGUCAGGAUGCUGCAAUUAAGGUUUCUUGUGCAAAUAAUAAUAUUCCUUGGGAUAAUAUUUGCCUUUUUACUUUUGUAGAAUAGUGGUUUUGUCUUUUGUUUUUGAUGUUUCCUCUGUCUCUGCCUUCUGCUGCCUGAGAUGAGGUAUCAGUUUGCUCUCAUUUUUCCCUCCACACACCUGCAAGUUUCACUGAAGAUUUGGAUGAUGUACAAUAAUGCAGGAGUAGGUCCAAUAUUUGCAUUUUUUCUAAACAUUGUCAUAAAAGCUAUAUAAUAUGUUGUGACUGGUAUCAGAAUUGUGCUGUUAGAGCAGCUGUGUGCAUGUUCUUCAUUGUUCUCAAGCAGUGUUCAUUUAUCUCGUCAGAGCUUUUUUUUUUAACUCAUUUGAUAUAUAGGAGUCUGUUCUGAGGAGCAUUUCAUACAUGCCACGUUCACAAUAAAAUAUUUUUCCUUUGCA